AUUUGUGUUAAAAUCUUAUUUGAUAUUUAAAUAUUUCAUAUAAUUUCACAAUUUCUACUUAAAUUUAAUAACGUAUGAUAUAAUGGGAAAGAAAAACAAAGAUUCUUUGGGCCGGGCUCUUAUUAAAGACAGAUUUUCUAAAAAUCGUCAUCGCCGACAUGUGGAAGAUAAUACAAUGUUGCACACUACAGAGGUCAACGAUGGCUAUGAAUGGGGUCGGCUCAACCUGCAGUCAGUCACAGCAGAGUCAUCUCUACAAGAGUUCCUCUCUACUGCUGAGCUUGCACAAAGAGAAUUCAUUGCGGAGAAACUUAAUGUGAAAUAUGUUAAGUCAGCCCCUGCAGCCGUUGAACUUGUCACUUCACAACCUAAUUUUGAUGAACCAUUGACUGUACCAAGAAGACCUCCAUGGGACCCGAGUAUAACAGCAGAAGAACAGAUAGGGCGUGAGAGAGAUGCUUUCUUGGACUGGAGACGGCACCUCAAUGAACUACAAGAGAAACUUGGAGCUGCGGUCACUCCAUAUGAGAGGAAUUUGGAGUUGUGGAAACAGUUGUGGAGGACUUUAGAGAAAUCGGACAUAGUUAUGAUACUUUUGGAUGCUAGAAACCCUUUAUUAUUUAGAUGUAUGGACUUGGAGAAGUAUGCAGCUGAACAAAAUUGUAAAUGUGUACUUUUACUGAACAAGGCUGAUUUGACAACUGAGUAUGUGAGAAAAUGUUGGGCCGAGUACUUUGGUAAAGAGGGUGUAUCGAUAAUAUUUUUCUCAGCUGCGAAAGCCUCUAAAGAAAGGAAAAUAUCAGAAGAAGAAGAACCAAGAAGAAAAAGUACAAGUGAUGAUAAUUCAGACACAGAAUCCUCGGAUGAUUCAGCGAUUGAUGUUGAUGAAAUAAAUCCUAUAAAAGAAGCGGAAGAUGAUAUUGAAAUGUUUAAAAAACAAUUAGGAAUUAUUGAUGAAGCGGUAACAAAUACGGCAUCAAAAUUGGACAGAAUUCAAGAGGUUCUAGACAAUGUUUUGGAAAACUUAAAAUUAGGGAAACCUAUCGAAUUUGAAGAAGAUAAACCAACUGUUAACCAAAUUGAAAUAAACGGAGAUAAUGAAAUGCAAAUUGUGAAUUCUCAUGAGAUAUUCAGUAGAGACAAACUAUUGGGAGUUUUAAGAAAAAUGAAAACAAGUAACUUCAAAAAUCCUCCGAGAUUGACAGUCGGUAUGAUUGGAUACCCGAAUGUUGGAAAAUCGAGCUCUGUUAAUGUUUUAAUGCAAACGAAAAAGGUGAGUGUGAGCUCGAUGCCGGGGCACACGCGGCACGUGCAGUCGCUGCAGCUGGAGGACGUGCAGCUGCUGGACUGCCCCGGGCUGGUGCUGCCGGCCUACGCCGUCGCGCCCGACCUGCUGCUCACCGCGGUGCUGCCCAUCGAUCAGAUGCGCUCCCACGACGCGGCGAUGGCCCGCCUGUGCGAGCUGGUGGGGCGACACACGUUCGAGGAGAAGUACGGGCUACUUUUGCCCGACCGCCAGGAGGGGGAGGGCAACGAGUAUAAAAAGAUACUCACAGCGCACGCAUUCAACCGCGGCUUCAUGUCUGCGGCGGGGCAGCCCGACGUGAGCAGGUCCGCGCGCCUCUUCCUCAAGGAGGCGGCGAGCGGCCGCUUGCACUGGGAGCAGCUGCCGCCGGGCUACCAGCCCGCGCCGCUAGAUUGUAGGAUGGAAGAGAAGAAGAACGACACGAGGAAACCCACGCCCAGGGAGACUAGGAUGGUCGAGGGUUGGCGGAAUACAUCAGCGGAGAUUGACAAUGCAUUUUUUGCUAUGAAGAAAAGUACAUCACAUGUUAAGGGAAAACCAAUUUUAGGGAUAACGGGUGUACAAUCCGACAAGCCAGUUGUAGGCAAGCCCUGGAAACAAGAGAAAAAACACGCAAACAAGAACAAGAGAGAAAAAUUAAGAAGAGUCUAUGCACAUUUGGAUGAACAUUAACUUAUACUGAUAAAAAUUACCGUAGAAGUAUAAAUAACCCCGAGGACCUAGCACGAAAAUUUCCGAGAAAGUAUUCGUAAUGCUAUAACCAAAACAUUUUAUAAGUUUUGUGCAUUUCCACAGCCGUUUUAAAGUUAUUCUUUUUUAGAUUUGUCAGUGUUCAAUACUUACUUGAAAAUUUUCGUGCUCAGUUCUUUGCCUGUCAAAUAGGCUUAUAAUUACUGUGUAUAAAAUUAAGUUUUAAAAUAAAAGUUAUUGGCCGUUUUACCUUUUUUGUUAACAU